AGUCCCUCCUCUCUGUCCUUUGCUAUUGUUCCUCCGCCAAUCUCCCCCCACCUUCCUUCACUCUACACCUCUCUUGCGUCGUUACGCCCACCUAAUUUUCCUCUAUUUUUAGGACUCACAAAACUCGUCUGUGUGAGAGAGGUGAGUGAUGGUUGAGUGCCUUCUCUUUUAUUAGCAACGCUAUUCUACUCCCCCUUAUAAAUAUACACAUCCAGUGGGUUGCUCUCUGUCCACAACCUUUUCUCGAAUUCUCUGGUUUAGUGCUUACCACCUUCUUUUCCAUUCACUCUCUCUCUCUCUGUUUUUACACCGCUACCGGUGCUUAAUUGACAUGGAAUUAGCGGCAGAGGAAGGCAACAGCAGCGCCAGCGGCAGCAUUGAUGACGUUGAGUUCGCCCACGCCGUCAUCAAUAAGCGCAAGCGCACCAAGCGCCACCGCACGCAGCACCCACCGCCACCGCCGCCGGUGGCUGAUUCCUCCUCUGCCUCCUCGGCCGAGACGGUAUCCGGAACGAUUACGGAGGAAGAGGAGGAUAUGGCCAAUUGCCUCAUCCUCCUCGCGCAAGGCCGUGCCUUUUCGGAGCCGGAGAAGCGGAGGAGGGAUGAGAAGUUUGCCGGAAGGAGGCUACCGGGCGGCGCCGGAAAGGCCGCCGGCGAAUUUUUGUACGCGUGCAAGACCUGCAACAAGUGCUUUCCCUCCUUCCAGGCUCUCGGCGGACACCGCACCAGCCACAAGAAGCCUAAAUUGGCAGCCAUCCUAGCGCUGGCUCCGACGCCGACGCCGACGCCGGCCGAGGAGAAUAAGAGGAAGUUACCGAUCGUCCCCGGGGACGACAAUUUGCUACAAAUUAGCCUGAAUUCUUCCUUCUCCGCAAAGCCUAAGUUGCACGAGUGCGCGAUAUGCGGGUCGGAGUUUAGCUCCGGGCAGGCGCUCGGGGGCCACAUGCGGCGCCACCGGCCGAUGGCCGUCGCAGAUGCGCAAGCCCACGCCUCCGCCAAGAAGGACAAGACCAGCUUCCUCUCUUUCGACCUCAAUCUCCCCGCUGCGGCCUACGUCGGCGAGGCUCAGAGUCCUCCUUCACCGUCUACGCUCUCUUCUCCGGAUCUGCCUCAGCUCUGGUGGCGAGCUGGCGCCAUUACUGAGAAGAAGGAAUAACGCAAGCUACCACAUUGAUUCUUUUUUUCAUUUACUUCGAUUUGGGCAUACAAAUUCGUUGCUUAAUUGUAUUAUGUGAAUAACACAUUCUUCUCUUAGCUUCCUGUCAUCAC